AUGGACUUUCGUUCGUGUUGCUAUCAUUUUAAAGCUAUUAGCAAGUGUUUACAGAUAUCGUAUAUUUCCAUCCAUCCAUCCAUUCAGAUAAAAAGCCCUGCAGGUCAGCCGGAGACCAACGGGACUUGCUACGAAGCCCUGGAGGUCAGCUCGGAGACCAACAGAACUCGCUACAAGGCCCUGCAGGUCAACCCGGAGGCCAACAGGACUUGCUACGAAGCCCUGGAGGUCAGCCGGAGACGGGACUCGCUACGAAGCCCUGGAGGUCAGCUCGGAGACCGACAGGACUCGCUACGAAUUCCUGGAGGUCAGCCGGAGACCGACGGGACUUGCUACGAAGCCCUGGAGGUCAGCCGGAGACGGGACUCGCUACGAAGCCCUGGAGGUCAGCUCGGAGACCGACAGGACUCGCUACGAAUUCCUGGAGGUCAGCCGGAGACCGACGGGACUUGCUACGAAGCCCUGGAGGUCAGCCGGAGACGGGACUCGCUACGAAGCCCUGGAGGUCAGCUCGGAGACCGACAGGACUUGCUACAAGGCCCUACAGGUCAACCUGGAGGCCAACGGGACUCACUACGAAGCCCUGGAGGUCAGCCGGAGACCAACGGGACUCGCUACGAAUCCCUGGAGGUCAGCCGGAGACCAAUGGGACUCGCUACGAAGCCCUGGAGGUCAGUCGGAGACCAACAGGACUUGGUAUGCCUUUAGUGUUUGCUUCUAUUGACGGAUUAAGCAGCCAAUGGCUGGCGCAGUCUGAUUUCGCAUCAGCCAAUAGGAUUGAUUGUCCCGCCCCUUUCAACAGCUGACAGUUGUUUCGCUCAGAACGCGUCAGACAGGCUUGAGAGCUAACAGCUGACGGUUGUUUCCGUAAAGAGCUGGUAGGAAAUUGAUGAAUCUCGAAAUUGAUCUCAGAGGGUUUCCCUCGUGAACAACUGAAGCCCGAAAAAAGCCGUUGAUAGCGUCUGAGCAUCGGUGAGUCAUCGCACGCGCUCGGCAGUUG